CCGGCACAGUCCACCAUUUUUCUAUCCCCUUACUUUUCUCCACCGUGGUCUAGCCCCUCUUUCUCUUCACCGCUCCAGUUCUGAGAUGGAAAGAGAAGUAAAAUAGAAAAUCACAACCAUUACUUAAAAAGAUAAUAAUAUGUUUGACGGUGUACAUUUUUGUGGGAUACCUAAUUGACUCUCCUACCCUAACCAGAGUCACCUUUCCUCGUUACUUCUUCUAUCUGCCCUAGUCUCUGUUCUCACAUACAUCUGAUUAGCCUUGUUGUGUUCUCUAGCCAGCACCAUACACGAUCCCUUGUGUGUGUUUCUGAAACAUAAUCCAAUUUUUCUCUGACUUCGUCUCUGCAAAUGCCUUUCAUGAUUUCAACAACAGCAUAUGAAUGUCUCUAAUUUCAGGAUCAUUCUUUCAUAAAAAAGUUUGAAGAUAAAGAUCUAGAUCUUGGGAUUUUGUUAGCAGCAAAAUCAGUGAACAACGAAGAUGAAGACAAAGAUGCCAUUGAAGCAGCUGAAGCUCGCGGUUCCUGCUCAGGAAACCCCCAUCACAUCUUUCCUGACUGCAAGCGGAACAUUCCAUGAUGGAGAUCUACUCUUGAAUCAGAAAGGGUUGCGUCUUAUCUCUGAAGAAAAAGAAUCACGGCCUUCAGAUGGUAAGGAACUGGAAUUUGACUUCUCGCUGGAUGACCUUGAGACCAUCAAAGUAAUUGGAAAAGGCAGUGGUGGUGUGGUACAACUUGUUCGCCAUAAGUGGGUUGGAAGAUUGUUUGCUUUAAAGGUUAUUCAGAUGAAUAUACAAGAGGAUAUUCGAAAACAGAUUGUUCAGGAACUGAAAAUAAAUCAAGCGUCACAGUGUCCACAUGUUGUAGUUUGCUAUCACUCAUUCUAUCAUAACGGAGUAAUAUCUCUUGUGCUAGAAUACAUGGAUCGUGGUUCUCUAGCAGAUGUAAUCAAACAAGUUAAAACUAUUCUGGAACCAUAUCUUGCUGUGGUUUCUAAGCAGGUAUUGCAAGGCCUCGUUUACCUGCACAAUGAAAGGCAUGUAAUACAUAGGGACAUUAAACCAUCCAAUCUGUUAGUUAAUCACAAAGGGGAGGUGAAGAUUACUGAUUUUGGUGUUAGCGCCAUGCUAGCAAGCUCAAUGGGCCAAAGGGAUACAUUUGUUGGAACUUACAAUUACAUGUCGCCAGAAAGAAUCAGUGGGAGUACUUAUGAUUAUAGCAGUGACAUCUGGAGUUUGGGUAUGGUAGUGCUUGAGUGUGCCAUAGGACGGUUUCCUUAUAUACAGUCCGAAGAUCAGCAAAGCUGGCCUAGUUUUUAUGAGCUUCUGGCAGCAAUUGUGGAAAGCCCCCCACCUUCUGCUCCACCCGAUCAGUUCUCCCCGGAGUUCUGUUCAUUUGUGUCAUCCUGCAUACAAAAGGAUCCUCGGGAUAGAUUAACAUCAUUGAAGCUUCUGGAUCAUCCUUUCAUAAAAAAGUUUGAAGAUAAAGAUCUAGAUCUUGGGAUUUUGGCAGGUAGCUUGGAACCUCCUGUAAACUUUCCGAGAUAAUUUUUACAACAGAGUGUAAAAUUUGUACCAGACAGCCAGAACUCUUGGUGACUGAGCAGGGGAAUUUCUCGUCAGUUAUGCCAUAUUAGAUAUGAUUUUACCGGUAUCCGUCCUAAGUUUGGUGGCUUUAUUACAGUUUUAUGAACACUGAUAUGUAUAAUAGUUGUUUCAUGUUUGUAUUAAAAAAGGCUUGACCAAUUCAUUUGAUAUUAUUUUCUUUAGCUAUGAAGCCCAGUCUAUGACAUGGAUACAUGACACAAUCACCUUACACAACUACUGUAAAAAAAUAUAGGACCCGACCACCUUUUGUAAGGUCUUAUCUCACAAUUAUAUUUAUUUUCAACCGCAA